UCGUUUUUGCUCAUCGAGAUGAGAUCUUUGUAGCGUUUCUUUGGAUCUAUCUGAUCGUUGAUUCGACCUCGGAGGUGUUGGCCAUGGUGGUGGGUUUUAAUCCCUUGUGAUUCAUCACCAAAAGCUCGCAUCUUGGCUGCGAUAAUGGCGGCCAUGGACGUCUCCAAGUACGCGCAUAGCCCUGUCCACAAAGCCGUGAUCACCCGCGACUACGCCGCCCUGAAGCGCAUCCUCGACACCCUCCCCUCCCUCGCCAAGCCCUCCGAGAUCCGCACCGAAGCUGCCUCUAUCGCCGAGGAAGACAAAGCCGACGCCAUCUCCGCCAUCAUUGACCGCCGAGACGUCCCCAAUCGUGAAACACCUCUCCAUCUCGCCGUCAAGCUUGCUGACACCACCGCCGCUGAGAUGCUCAUGGCUGCUGGCGCCGAUUGGAGUCUCCAGAACGAGCAAGGUUGGAGCGCGCUCCAAGAAGCUAUUUGCACCCGCGAGGAAACCCUAGCCAAGAUCAUUGUCCGCCAUUAUCAACCCUUGGCUUGGGCCAAAUGGUGCAGGAGACUCCCCAGGGUUGUUGCUGCUAUGAAGAGGAUGAGAGAUUUCUACAUGGAGCUCACUUUCCAUUUUGAAAGCUCUGUGAUUCCAUUCAUCUCCAGGAUUGCUCCUUCUGAUACUUAUAAGAUUUGGAAGAGAGGUUCAAAUCUCAGAGCUGACAUGACAUUGGCUGGUUUUGAUGGUUUGAGAAUUCAGAGGUCUGAUCAGAGUAUAUUGUUUCUCGGUGAUGGAUCGGAGGACGGUAAGGUGUUGCCGGGGUCUCUGUGUAUGAUUUCUCACAAGGAUAAGGAGGUGAUGAAUGCCUUGGAUGGUGCUGGAGCUCAGGCUAGUGAAGCUGAGAUUCAGCAAGAGGUUACAGCAAUGUCUCAAGCUAACAUUUUUCGUCCGGGGAUCGAUGUUACACAGGCAGUGUUGUUUCCACAAUUGACUUGGAGAAGGCAGGAGAAGACGGAGAUGGUUGGUUCUUGGAAGGCCAAGGUUUAUGAUAUGCAUCAUGUUGUUGUUAGUGUGAAGUCUAGGCGUGUGCCCGGUGCGCCGAUGGAUGAUGAUGAGUUCUUUGCUCCGGGCAAUGAGAAUGAUACUGAAAGUGAGGAUUAUGAGGAUAUAUUGACGGCGGAGGAGCGCAGGCAGCUUGAGAAUGCAUUGAAAAUGGAGAGUUCUGAUAUGGUUGAAGAUGGUGUUGCUGAUGAUUAUGUGGCUCACCGACGUAGUUGUUAUGAACGUAGGGAGAUACCUAUUGAGGGUGUGAGCUCUUGUACUAGUAGUAGUGGUGGUGGUGACGUUAGGAGUGAUAAGAAAGGAUGGUUUGGUAACUGGGGGAAGAGAGGGCAGAGUCAAAAGCCGGAGGAGCAGAAGAAGAUGAUGCCACCGAGGAACUCACUUUGUAUCGAUGAGAAAGUGAGUGAUCUCCUUGGGGAUUCACCGGCUAAGAUUCAGAAGGGAAGGCAUUCAAUUGAGAUUCCUAUUAAGAGUGAGGAUUUCAGAAAGGGUAGAGACAAGGAGUCAAAAAAGUCUGCUUCUAGUUCGGAAAAUGCACACCGGCGCAAAGAUAGUGGUAAGGAGAGUGAGUAUAAGAAAGGCUUGAGGCCGGUUCUCUGGCUUUCACCAGAUUUUCCUCUUCGCACCGAUGAGCUUCUACCUUUGCUUGAUAUACUCGCGAAUAAGGUUAAGGCAAUCCGUCGGUUGAGAGAGUUGCUCACAACAAAGCUUCCAGCUGGGACUUUUCCUGUCAAGGUUGCAAUUCCGGUAGUGCCUACAAUUCGAGUUAUAGUUACAUUUACAAAGUUCGAAGAACUACCACCAGCAGAAGAGUUCUCGACUCCGCCUUCAAGCCCCAUUAGCAAGAGUCCGAUGGUGCAGUCCUCGAGCUCCUGGUUUCAAUGGAUAAAAGCUCCUUACCGAGCCAAUUACCCAUCAACAUUGGGGCCCAGCAGCCGUGUCGAAGAUAUCCAAGACCCCUUCAUGAUACCAUCCGGUUACACUUGGAUAACCCCGGAGGCGAAGAAAAAGCAGAUGCAAGAGAGCAAGGGUAAGUCAAAGAAGGGAAGAACUCAACCGCAAUGAAACUCAUCGACAACGAUCAUUCUCCAAAUCUGUGAACAAUGAGCAGUGACUCCGACCUGAUGCUCAUCGGCAUUCUCUGUCGGAAUGUUGUGAAGUUACUAGCCACGAAAAACUGAUUCGGAACUGCAGUUAUGGGACAAUGUUACUUCCAAGCAAACCCUAGUGAGGGGAUGGUUUAUGUAAAAUCCUGUGAAAGUACUGAACCAAAAUAUCCAUUUCUUAUGAUUCAAAAUUACAUUCA